UGCGAGAAGCAAAGAAAAAAGAGAGGGAGGAGGGAGAUUUGCAAAGAAAAAAGAGAAGAACGCAUUCGUUAGAGGAAAUUGAAGACAACGCUCAAUCAUUAGAAGCCUCGAUGUUGGGCUGCUUCAACAAUACCAUGCCAUCCAAAGAGGUUCUUGAGAUAUGGAGGAAUACUGAUGCGGUGUGCUUUGAUGUGGAUAGCACGGUGUGUCUGGAUGAGGGCAUUGAUGAGCUCGCAGAAUUUUGUGGAGCUGGGAAAGCUGUUGCAGAAUGGACUGCUCGGGCAAUGGGUGGUUCUGUACCCUUUGAGGAGGCCUUGGCUGCCAGAUUAUCUCUGUUUAAACCUUCGCUCUCCCAAGUUGAAGAUUUUCUUCAGAAGAGGCCUCCAAGGAUUUCACCUGGGAUAGAUGACUUAGUCAAGAAGCUGAAGGCUAAGAAUACCAAUGUUUAUCUGAUCUCUGGAGGCUUUCGUCAAAUGAUAAAUCCUGUUGCAUCAGUCCUUGGUAUUCCUCCUGAAAACAUUUUUGCCAACCAACUGUUGUUUGGGGAUUCUGGAGAUUUUCUGGGGUUUGACACAAAUGAGCCCACCUCAAGGAGUGGAGGAAAGGCUACUGCAGUGGAGAAAAUAAAGAAGGCUCAUGGAUACAAGGCAAUGAUUAUGAUUGGAGAUGGUGCUACUGAUCUUGAGGCCCGUAAGCCCGGAGGUGCUGAUCUGUUCAUUUGCUAUGCUGGUGUUCAACAUCGGGAGGCUGUUGCAGCAAAAGCUGAUUGGUUGGUGUUUGAUUUUAAGGAUUUAUUAAGUUCCUUAAGUUAGCAUGUGUUAUUUUCAGGCUUCUUUCUUCAGUCUGUAUUCUUGUAUUAACUGUCCUGCUGUCAAAUCUGAGAAGCGGCAACUCACAAUCUCCACAACCCCCCUUCCCCCUUCUCCCCACACACACUUCUAUUAGUUUCCCCCUACAUUGGUUCUAACCAUUGUUAUGUCAGCAAAUAAUGUAAAACAUUUUUGGUCCAUUAAUUCUUCUGAAAUGAUAAUCACCAUGAUGAUGAUGAUGAUACUGCAGAUUUCACACUGCAGCUUCUAUAAAUAAUAGCAGAAGUUUUCAA